AUGUACGUACUCACUCUCAAGGAGACUAUUCUGGGCCACAUUAAGAGAUGCUUGAGCCAAAAAUCACUAGAAUCGGUAUAUGCUUCCAUGGUGAAGACUAAUAUGACCCAAGAUUGCUUCUUGAUGAAUCAAUUUAUAAGUUCGUGUUCAGCCCUUUCUUACAUUGAUUUGGCAAGUUCAGCUUUUGCUCAUAUGGAAAAUCCUAAUGCUUUGGUUUAUAAUGCAUUGAUUAGAGGUUGUGUUCACUGCUAUUAUCCAGAUCAUGCUUUGGGGUUUUAUAUUCGCAUGCUGAGAAACAAUGUCAUGCCUACUAGUUAUUCCUUUUCUUCUUUGAUCAAGGCUUGCACUUUAUUGAUGGAUUCAGCUUUUGGAAAAGCUCUUCAUGGCCAUAUUUGGAAAUGUGGAUUUGAUUCUCAUGUGUUUGUGCAGACUACUUUGGUUGAGUUUUACUCAACUUUGGGUGAUGUGAGUGGCUCAAGAAGAGUGUUUGAUGUUAUGCCUGAAAGAGAUGUUUUUGCUUGGACAACGAUGAUUUCAGCUCUUGUUCGGGAUGGGGAUAUGAAUUCUGCAGGUAAGUUGUUUGAUGAGAUGCCUGAAAAGAAUAUAGCUACAUGGAAUGCCAUGAUUGAUGGGUAUGCAAAAUUAGGCGAUGCUGAGUCUGCUGAGUUUCUCUUUAACCAAAUGCCUGCAAGGGAUAUUAUUGCGUGGACAACCAUGAUGAAGUGCUAUUUGCGGAACAAAAAAUAUAGUGACGUGGUAACACUUUUUCAUGACAUGAUCGACAAAGGAAUGAUUCCUGAUGAAGUGACCAUGACCACUGUCAUUUCAGCCUGUGCUCAUCUAGGAGCCCUUGACUUAGGAAAGGAGGUGCACCUUUAUUUGAUGCUGCAUGAAUUUGAUCUUGAUGUGUACAUUGGGUCUUCAUUGAUUGAUAUGUAUGCAAAAUGUGGGAGCAUAGAUAGGUCUCUUUUGGUGUUCUACAAAUUGCAGAACAAAAACCUGUUUUGUUGGAAUUCUAUCAUUGAUGGGCUUGCAACACACGGCUAUGCGGAAGAAGCACUAAGAAUGUUUGGUGAAAUGGAGAGGAAAAGAAUCCGACCGAAUGCAGUUACAUUCAUUAGUAUCCUAAGCGCUUGCACACAUGCAGGAUUUGUAGAAGAGGGCCGUUGCUGGUUUAUGAGUAUGAUCCAAGAUUAUUGUAUCACUCCUCAGGUUGAACACUAUGGAUGCAUGGUUGACCUAUAUAGCAAGGCUGGUUUGCUUGAGGAUGCUUUAGAGAUGGUCCAAAACAUGACAGUUGAACCUAAUUCUUUUAUUUGGGGUGCCUUGUUGAGUGGUUGUAAGCUUCACAAAAACAUGGAAAUAGCUCACAUUGCUGUUCAGAAUCUGCUGGCUUUGGAGCCAAGUAACAGUGGACAUUACAGUCUCCUUGUGAACAUGUAUGCUGAAGUAAAUAGGUGGAGUGAGGUUGCGAGGAUUCGAACAGCCAUGAAGGAUCUGGGUGUAGAAAAGAGAUGUCCUGGAUCUAGCUGUGUUGAAAUCAAUAAGAGGGUUCAUGUGUUUGCAGCUUCUGAUACGUAUCACCCUUCUUAUAGUCAACUUCACUUGUUGCUAGCUGAACUGGAUGACCACCUGAGGCUAGCAGGCUAUGUCCGUGAACCGGGCUCUAUUUUAUAUUGA